GUACGGUAGCCAGUCUUUUACACCUGUCUCAGAUUCUGGCAAAUUUCCCCCAAAAUGCAGCCACAAUUCGCGCUGCUGUUUGCUGCAGCGCUCGCCGUGCGAUUGUGCCUGGUUGUCUACGGCGACUGGCACGACGCUCACUCCCAGGUCAAGUACACGGACGUCGACUACCAUGUCUUUACAGACGCGGCACAGAUCGUUGCUCAUGACGGAGGGUCGCCGUACGAUCGCCACACGUACCGCUACACGCCCUUGCUCGCAUGGAUGCUCGUGCCGAACGUGCUCGUCCACCCUGCGUUUGGCAAGAUGGUCUUUGUCGUGGCCGAUCUGCUGGCUGGCUGGCUCAUCGCGGCCAUCCUCGCGCUGCCCCAGUCGCCAGCAGCAGCCGUCAAAGCGUCCGGCCGCUCGACAACCACCGCUGCGACGCCAAGGUCACCGAAUAGCAAUGAUGCGACUGGCAUACCUCGGCGAUCGUUGCGAAAGCGCACAGUCAAGGAUGGACUGGGUGACGACACCUCAACCAAGAUUGACCAAUUUGACAAUUCUGGCAAUCUGAGAUCGUCCAAGGCCGAAACUCCUGCACCCACAGCAACUCAAUCAAGCAGGAUCCAUUACCACUGGUUCUUGGUCGGGCUAUACCUGCUCAAUCCGUUGCCGAUUGCAGUGAGCACGCGCGGCAAUGCCGAAGCACUGUUAUCGGUGCUAGUGCUUGCUUGUCUCUACUGCGCCUCGCGUAAAUGGCACUCCACGGCCGCCGUGCUGUUGGGUUUUGCUGCGCACAUGAAGAUUUUCCCAAUCAUGUAUAGCUUGCCCCUGUGGCUGAAUGUUGAUGGCGACUCUGACACAACUUUCACAACUCAAGCCGGGUACCUUGAUCGUAUCAUCCAGUCUGUGCGAAGGUUCUUUUCGUUGAAACGGCUUUGGUUUGGCGCCAUCGCAGCUGGUACAUUCCUGGCUCUCGGUCUCUGGAUGUGGACAAUCUACGGUUGGCCGUUCUUGCACGAGACAUUUCUGUAUCACAUCACCCGCAAAGACCAUCGGCACAACUUUUCGCCGUACUUUUACAUGCUCUAUCUCACGAAUGGGGAGAGCGAUGUGUUUGCGCGUGUUGUCGGUCUUGCCGCGUUCUUGCCACAAGCCCUUCUUGUGGGUAUUGUUGGCGUCGUGUUUCAUCGCGACCUUGGGUUUUGCUGCUUUUUGCAGACAUUUCUAUUUGUUGCGUUUAACAAGGUCUGCACAUCGCAAUACUUUGUCUGGUAUGUUUGUCUACUACCCUUGGCAGUCAGGUCGACCAAUCUCACCUGGAAGCAAGGCGCAGGGCUGUUUGCGCUCUGGAUGGCUGUGCAAGGCCUCUGGUUGGCACCUGCGUAUCUCCUCGAGUUCCAGAGCCAGAAUACCUUCCUAUGGAUAUGGCUUGCAGGCCUAGUGAUGCUCGCGGGCAACAUUGCCAUCGCACGCGCGUUUAUCCUUGCUCGAGUCGUCUGAGCGUUUGAGUGUAUCUUCCUUUUUUUUCCUUGCAACAAACAGCUCGCUUUCACAUUUCA